UUGUCAUUUUUUAUAGGUUUUGAUCGUACCUUAUUUGUUAAUUCAUAUCACCGCAACUUAAUCCAUAGGAUUCUUCAUCGCAUUAGGCAUAUAUGACAUUGAUCAUUACUAACAGAUAAACCAGCUAAAUGGAGGUAUUUCUAGGUCGUUCGAAAGUGAAAAAGCCCAUGCAAUUACCAAAGUCAUCGUUAUCGACAACAUCGUCAUGUUUUCUGUCGGGUAGUAAUAGUAAUAGCAGUAGUACUUUACCAUUUCCAAUAUUGUUUAAAGAAGAUUUCACGGAAUUCAAUUCUGAUCAUGAUGAUAACAAUAAUGAUGGUAUAAACAGUUGUGAACAGUUUACAUUUCAAGCGGUUUUAUUAAAUGGUGCUAAGACAUUAAUCACUGAUUUGGAACAAAUCAAGAUACUUCGAAAAAGAGGUUGUUACGGUUUUAGUCAAAAUAAUGAUUUUAAUCUUCGCAAUAAAACCAACAGUAUACCCAAAGAAUACAGUACAGAUGAUGACGACAAUGAUGAUAAUGACGAUGACGGCGGGGAUACGUCAGAUGCAGAGGAUUCAAUUUAUGACUUUUGUAUUUCAAAAGGUAUUGAAAAAACAGAUGAAAAUAUUUCCAACGAAACGGACGUUACACAUUUAAUAUUGAAUGAUGUAGAAACGUUGUUUUUACUCCAUGGACUUGGUUGUUUAGACGUUUACUUGCCACUUAAUGGAAAUUCACAGUUUCAUUCAACCGUUGAAUGUCAACAGCUGGAUCCAUUGUCUUUGACUGAGGUCUGGUUUUGUCUGUGUACAGGAUCUGUUGAUUCACCUUGUUUACAAAUUCAAUCAGCACGAGAACAGAUUGAAAAGUAUUCAGAAAAGGAGCUCCAUCUAUUACGCCGUUAUGCUGUAUAUAUAUAUUAUAGAUCUAAAGGUUGGAUUGUACGCCCUGGAUUAUGUGUAGGUGGUGCUGAUUACCUACUUUAUGCUGAAGAUCCCAAUUGGAGACAUGCUUCAUUUUGUGUUCUAGUUGAUAGGGAUUCUACAACUAAGGAUGGAGAACAAAUGAAUUGCAGUUCAAUAGCUGCACAUGUUCGUGUUGCACAUUCGGUUGGUAAACGUGUGAUACUUUGUCGCGUAAGUCUCCCGUCAAUCGAGGAGUUUUCUAACAAUCCAUGGGAAGCUGUUCGGAAAACAACAAUUAAGGUAAAUAGCAAUUUUUCUCGUGACAAUCUAACUAGUUAUUGAGUUUUUGGGGACGGAUUGAAAUUAACUAUGAAAUCAUUUUUCAAAGUGAGAAAGCACUGGACAGGUGUUUCGUUCUAGUUUGUGAAUUCCUAACAGUAUAUAAGAAUAACUCUUCCACAGCUCGAACUCAAGAUGUUUAUAGCCUACUGUGAGAACCUUAUCUUUAAUCCAUUAAGUUUUCUAAGUAUUUCCAUACUUCCGAAAGACUGUGUUUACGAAGAACAAAUAUCAUUCGGAUAACCAGUAAAAACUAGAAGUAAUCAAGUUUUAAACUGAACAACAUUUAGUGAGUCUAUGUGACUACACAUUUUCAAACUUGAACAGACCGUGACUUUUAAGAUCAUCUAAAGCGGUAACUGUAAUACAUGGUUGAUUAUACCAAUGAUCAGCAUAGAUUUUAAGUUUUCUGAGGACUAAAAGUCUUUUCAGAACUAUAAAUUGAUGUUAUUGUUAAAAAGGGAAGUUAUUCAUAUGAUAUCUGUUAAAACAAAUAUCUAAAGUGUGAAUACCACAUAAUGAGACCUGAUCACUUCUUACAAUUUGUAUUUUUAUUAGGGUAUAGGUAGGUUUGUGAAAGUUCAUAAUUUCAAACUACAGAAUCAGGAAUCUUCUGCUAGGAUGAAAUAACUAUUCAGUGCCUCCUGGUCCAUAGUGCUUAUCUAGUUAUAAUCAAUCGG